UGUGAGUGUGUCGUUAGUGAUGUGCACAUAGCAACCAUUGCCCCUCUGAUUGGUGACGUCAUACAGUUUGUUAUUCGUGUCAGACUACAAGUGAAAAAAGAAAAUCCUUCGAACUAGUCAACGACGAUGCCUGUCUGUGCUUUAAAAACUUGUAAAAUACCAUCGUAUCGUGUAAGAAAACUAAGCCUUUCGAUAAGUUUUCACUUGUUUCCGAAAAACAUUUCUAUUCGGCACCGAUGGCUUUCGUUCUGUGGCAUCAAAGAUGGUCCGAACUUAUAUUUGUGCUCUCAGCACUUUUUGAGAAGCGAUUACGAAAACCGAUACAUGGACCAUGCUCGUCAGAAGUUACUGAAAAAUGCUGUUCCAACAAUUCGUUCCCCACCUCCUGAAAUUCCAUCGGCCAGAUCGCAGCGCGCAGAACGUAAAAAUCGUUCAGAUCUUGUGGCGAAGCUUAUUGAGGAAUAUGACUCAGAUUUAUUAAACCACGAAAAUCAAUAUCCUAGUGAAAGCCGUCCAUCUCCUAUUUCUGCAUGUGACUCCACAGAACAAUCUAAUCAAAUACCAUCUACUAAGGAAGCCAAUUUAGGUGCUGACGUUGUACCAACGCAGUCAUCUGCACCUCCUGGAUUACUCACUCUAUCCGACGAUGUCUUGAAUGAUGAUGCUCUUGAAACGGAGAUCUCAGCACAAUUUUCAAAUCAAUUUAAUAUACUAACCGAAUGUCAUUCAACCGAUUUGGCUCACGCUGGUCCAGAAAGCGAAAAUGUUGAAGAACGAAGUGCGGUUUUCUCUACUGAUGCAGCACCAACGCAAUCAAAUUUACUUCCAGUAUUAACCAUUUCAACCGACGAAGUAAUAGAAGUAGUUGCUCCUAAAUCGAAAGUUUCUGAACAAUUUCGAAGCCAAUUAAAUGAACAAACCGUCCUCUAUUCGCCUGAUUGGAUUCACAUUAGUCAAGAACAUGAAACUUUUAUUGAUCACAAUGAACAAAUCGAAGACAGAGAAAAUAUCACAUUGCAACCGAUUCAAAAUGGGUUAGAUGUAUUGCUAGAGGCCAUUGCUUUAAAUGAAAAUGGCCCUCGUGAGGUUGUGUCCAAAGCAAAUUCAAAGAAUGCUGAACUAGCACGUGAAGUAGAAAAUCAAAAAGAAAUAAUCAAAAAGUUGAAACAAUCGGUAUGCAUAAUUUUGCUUUUUUCGUAAUUGGCUUCAAAUCACAUAUUCAUCCAUAUUUGAUCUUGAAUUUAUCUAAGGUUCGUGAAAAGAAUUCAAGGAUCAAGCAUUUGGAAGCAGCUACAAAAGAAAAAAACAAACAAAUAAAAAGUUUGGAACACUCGCUAGAGUGUCUUAGAAAGUCGAUCUCUGAUAUCACAACGAUCACUGAAGACGAAAUUCAAAAACGUGUUAGAAAAGCCUUCCUUACAAUUUUCACUGAAAAUCAAACAGACUUAUUGCUCGGUAAAAAGAAAAAGGUGAUUUGGAAACCCGAAGAGGCAGCUAUGGCAUUCUCAUUAAGGUAUCGUUUACUCAGAACAACAAUAAUCACGGAAUUACUAAAGUUUAUGCAUU